UGAAGUAAAUGUGACGACUGACAAGCUUCUCUCUGAAUGUGCCGUAUUGUUUCAGGAGAGUGUAAAAUCUUCAAGGAGACGUUUAUGAAGUGCCUCAGAGACAACAGCUUCGACAACUCCAAGUGCCGACUGCAGUCCAAAGACUACCUGGAGUGCCGCAUGGAAAAUCAGCUGAUGACCAAGGAGCCAAUGGAGAAACUGGGCUUCAAAGACCUGAUAGACCCUCCUCCCAGCCAAUCAGACGGAGACACUAAACCAUGACCUGCUGCGGACUAUAUAUUGUCCUAUUGAAGCAUAUUAAAUGCAGCGUGAAGCUGAGAAGAUUUCAAAAGACUUUAAGAGUGCAAGAGGAAACUUGCCGUGGUUUCCCUUGUGGUCUCAGUUUGUUACGGAGAACAAACACAAUGAAUCGUCUGUGUACAUAAAAUAUAAUGUAUAAUAUAUGGAGAUGCUGUUUUGGCAUUCUAAUAAACCUUUUAUAUUUAAAUUAAACUGUGACUUCAGCAUUUAAUGGUCU